CAUCAUCUUCAUCCCUGUUCUAUGAAUAGUGAACUCAAAGUCCUCUGCAACUCCUCUUCCUCCAUUUCUCUUCAAAUUCCUCUCUCUCUCUCUUUUAACCACUGAAACUUUAACUUCUCUGCUUCUCUCUCUCUACUCCUCUUCCUUCACCAGACGUUUCUUUCCGCGGAGGAGCCGCCAUUUCAGAGCUUUAAGUUGUAAGGAGGAAUAUCAAAGAGAAUGAACAGGUGGGUUUACGAGCAGAACGCCAUGGCUGCCUGCCAAGAGAUGAGGAUGGAAUCUGUGGUUUGUCCUAAGCCACGCCGCUUGGUUCUUCAAACCCUUCCUGAUAAUGACCCCAUCACUGCCCAUAGAUGGCCCAUCGGCCAUGCCAAGACUGGAAAUUCUAAAGCAGGAGCUGAAUUUCUUGAUAUGAUCCUCGCUAAGGAAAGUUUUGGUGAAAAUUUAAGCCACCAAUUGGCAACAUCUCCCCCAUUCUUUUGGGGGUCUCCACCAAGUAGGACUUCCAACCCUUUAGUCCAAGAUGAGCAAUUUGGUAAUGGUUACAAUAUCUACCAACUUUGUGAAGAACCCCCAUCUCCAUCAACCCAUAAAGGUGGAUGCACCCGUAUGAAAUUUGGGCAUCGACCUGCAGCAGUCCGAAUCGAAGGAUUCGACUGUCUCGACCGCGAUGCCCGAAAUUGCAGCAUUUCUGUUGUGGCUUAACCAAAAGGGAGGCAGCCUAGGUUUUUGAAGUGGAGGAGAUUUGGGAUAGGGGAAUUGAGUUGAAACUGAUGCGUUUUUUUUCUUUCUUUUCACUAAUGUGUAAAGUUGUAUAUAGAAGAGUCAAUCAAAUGCAUGAUGGAUGUUGUUGCUGAGUCCUUUUGUUGUUGCUGAGUCCUUUUGUUGUUGUUGUUGUUGCUGCUGUUCAUCAAAUCUCAAAGAGAUGUCUCUGUAAUUAAGGUGACUAAUUGAUGUUUUAGACGAUCUAAUCUGAGGAAAUAAAGAAGAGAACUUUCUCAAUUUUGUUUCUGUUUGUUCAUGUUUUCUUUACUUCUAUACCCUCGCACUCCCAAUAUUAUCAUAUUUGGGGGGUCACUUUCAUAAUUUUGCAUAAAAUGAGGGUGUAGGAGGGACUAGAAAAUAUGGCCACAAAGGGGUGGAGGGUUGGUGGCCAUUUUUUUCUACUGCAAAUGGGAUGAUGAUGGUUUUUGAGAGUUCAAAAGAUGGUAACUGGGAAUAAAAUAUGAGCCGCAGAUUUGGAACCAUUUCCCAAUACCUUGAAUGUGAAACUUGUCUUUUAGUUAGAGUUUAGACAGCAGUGUAAUAAUCCAAGAAGCAGACAUGUUGUAAUGCUUCAUCGCUUUCUUUUCCUUCUUUUUUCUGCUGUUCGUCUUAUUCUUGAUGGAUAGUCUCAAUCUCACAGCUAACAUGUUAAAAUUUCUAUGAAAUUUGUCGUUUCAUUUUCAGAAGACCAAAUUCUAUUUACUCGUCGAACGAAAUCUUUAAACAUUCUUGCUCCUAUGCUUACAUUUUAUCUAUAUUAGUCAAAAUGUUAACGAGGCUGAAGUUUAGUCCUUGGACCAAGUUUGGACAUAUUCGAUCCUUGAACUUUAGGAAUAUCUAAUAGACUUGGGAACCAAAUAGGCUUUAGGUUUUUCUUUACAAAGAACAGUUAGCGGUUGACUUGAAUUGUUACUAAUGGUAUUAGAGCCAGACACUGAAUGGUGGGCAAGCGUCCUUGCUGGCCCCUAAGGGGUUAGAUCAUGAGAUCCCACCUUAGUUAGAAAGGAGAACGAAACAUUUUUGAUAAGGGUGUGAAAAUCUAUUCCUAUCAAACUUGUUCUGGCCUUACUUUGAUUUGUUUUUAUAUUGUUCGUUUUGGCCCAUUAUGUAUUGUUGUUAGACUCACUGUUUUAAAACAUCUUUACUAUGAAGAGGGUCUAGUCCUACUCCGACCCGUUGUCCUCUCUCAAUGAACAGGUUGCUCCAUCCUGUGAAAAUGCUCCAAGGUUGUGUCUAAAGUAGCCUGUUAAAUAUAGAUUUAAAAGUUUAUUAGACCCAACAUGAAAUAAAAUUUGAAGUAAAUUAGCGGAUAGAGAUAAGGUGGGAAUAGCCGCCGCCGAGAUGCUAAAAGUCUGAGUUGGUUGAAACGUGGAAAAGCAAGCGUGUGGAUUUAGCAUCUGAAGUCUCCUCCUCGUCUCAGACUGUGGGCGCUCCUUCCUCGCCCUCAGCUUUCCUCCCUUUUUUCUUCUACGCCUUUCUGAGCCAUUUGUUUAGUAUAAUUAGUGGAAUUGGAUGAGAACUCGCAGCCGUCAACAAACACUUCCCCAAUGGGUAACAAAACCAGAGAGUCACCAAAACUGGAAAACCAUUAGCGCCCAUCAAUACAAAAACAAAACCCACCAUCGUUUCCUUCACCAUUACAACAAGCACUUCCUUUCUCUUCUAAGCAAUCCAAUCCAUCGGCCAUGCGUAUGAGCUGCAACGGAUGCCGAGUUCUUCGCAAAGGCUGCAGUGAGAGCUGCUCCAUCAGACCCUGUCUUCAAUGGAUCAAAACCCCUCAAUCCCAAGCCAACGCUACUUUCUUCCUCGCCAAAUUCUACGGCCGAGCUGGCCUUCUUAACCUCAUCAAUGCCGGCCCCGACCAUCUCCGCCCUGCUAUUUUUAAAUCUUUGCUGUUCGAGGCGUGUGGCCGGAUUGUCAAUCCGAUCUUCGGGUCGGCCGGAUUGUUGUGGUCCGGGAGUUGGCAGCUGUGUCAGGACGCCGUGGAAGCCGUUCUAAAUGGCGCACCGAUUCCGCCGGUUUCUUACGAGAUGGCGACGUCCCACAUGGGCCCACCUUUGAAAGGCUGCGACAUCCGCCACGUGUCCAAACAGCAAGGCUCCGGUCUCAGUGAGAUAAAGAAGCGGCGGAGGUUCAAGCGCAAGCCGAAGCCGAAGGAGGAACCGGUUAUGUUACCCCAGUUCGUAGUGGAUGGAUCGACCCGGAUUUCAUCGGAGCCCCGGUGUUUCACGUUUGAGUUGGACAAUCUAGAGGGCCAUGUGUCGCCGGAGAAGGUCUGCGGCAGCAACGAUACCGAGUGCUUGUCGGUGGAAACCACGGAGGCUUCUUCGGUGGGCCAGGGUGGUGGGGUGGAGUUGGAACUUACCUUGGGGUUUGGGCACGGUCGGAUGCUGACGUGUAAAGAGAGGUAGAUGAUUUUGCUCUCAAGAAUUUUGAAAAUAUUGUACAAAAGCAAAUUUGUAUUACUAAAAAAUCAUAAAUAUGUUGAAUCACAGAUUAAAUUAUACACAA